UCGAAGGCUGCUAAACUGGCCAGUGUUCCCGAGAAGCCAAUGGAACCAAAAGCAAUGACAAUCGAGCAGUUGAAAGCCUAUCUUGAGGAGUGCCUUCAGUCCCCGGACGGCCAGAUGGAAGAACAGUUUUCCGCUGAAGGAUACAUCAACGCCAGCUAUGUUUAUGCAGUCGAGCCUUGCAAAGACGCCUACUCGUCGCCUUCAUUGGAUAGGUCUCGGGUGGAUUAUAUUGCCGCGCAAGCCCCACUCAAGCGGACAGUUGCAGAUUUCUGGCAGAUGGUUGCGGAAAAUCGUGUCACACUUAUCGUAAUGCUGACAGAGUUGAAUGAAGGAGGCACUUCGAAGUCAGCCAAGUACUGGCCGGAUGAGGUUUACGCAACCACUUCUCACGUGUGGUCUGGCAAUGAACUGACUGUCACUUUGAUUGCCGAGCAAGAUCAUCCAAGUUUUGUGAUCAGAACCCUCAGUCUGGUGUCAGCUUUGAACGUCGAUGAGCCGGUGACCGUGACGCAGAUACAAAUGAAGAGCUGGCCAGAUCAUGGAGUGCCAGACGUAGAAGAAUUCGCCGCGCUUAUCGAUGAGUAUCGUAGACUCAAAGAUGCCGAACCACCUGGUCAUGGACCAUCGCUGAUUCAUUGCAGUGCCGGGAUCGGACGUUCUGGAAUCUUUAUCGCAGCGGAUGUAAUUCGCAGACAACUGGAAAAAGGCGUGCAGUAUUUUGACAUACAAGGCACGGUUUUGCAACUGCGUACGUGCCGUAUGCACAUGGUGGAGAAGGCGCGACCCAAGUGUUUCGACGCAGAUGCUAAUUCUCCAGACGCAACUACGCGUUGGAAUCAUCGGUUCCAAACCUUCCAAACGUUUCUGGGUACUGUCGAAUCGCCCAAUCUAAAUAAACUCGAAACUCUGAUCCAUUUUGUGGAUGCACCUGUAUAUGUUUAUAUCGCUGACUGUCCAGAUUACGAAUCAGCUAUCAGUACACUUGAAAAGUUGUACGUUCGUCCUAAGAAUAUAAUUUAUGCUCACCAUCUUCUACAAACUUGCAAACAAGACACCAGUCAAGGUGUUGAUCAGUUUGUUCAGAGGCUUAAAUCCUUGGCCAAAAAUUGUGAUUUCAAGGCGGUGUCCGCUAUUGACCAUCAAAACGAAAGUGUACGCGAUGCUCUAAUCAACGGACUUCAGUCUACUACCAUCAGAGAAAGACUUCUGUCUCAAAACGAACUCACUCUCGAUGAAGCACAUGAAUUGGCUAGAUCAUUAGAAUUGGCCCACAAACAAGCUCAAUCAUACUCAAAUAACCAGGCGAUAUCAUUUUCUGCGGCUGCAGCACCUUUACAAACAUCUACAGUUACCCCUUCACACUCAAUCUCUCCUGAUUCUACACCCUAUCUCUCGUCAAUCAAUUCCCAGAUAUGUUACUUUUGCGGUCGUUCCAGACAUCCACGGUCAAAAUGCCCCGCAAGAGAAGCAGUUUGUAAAUCGACCAGCAUAAAGGUGAACGGGAUAUCGCUUCAGGCCCUCAUAGACACAGGAAGUUCGAGCAGCUAUGUAACUCCUUUGGUGGUUGGUAAACAUGGCUGGAAGAUAUAUGCUAACGAUUCUGUGAUUACCAUGGCAUCUACCUCUCUGACGUGUUCAACUAGAGGCUAG